UAAUAGAGAGAGAAUUGAAGCCCAGAUAUUUUCUUUGUAAUUGUUGCGCACUUUGAGAUUCAUUCAAGCGAGAGGAGAAGGUCCAGCCAGUACACACAUACACACACGCGCGCGCGCACACAAAAACAUCGUACAUCUAGUUUGUUGUGCUUCUUAAAAGUAUCUGACACAGACUCAGCUGUGUUCUUCACUGUUGCUUUUGUUAUUGCAAACUCUACUUACUUGAAAGCGAAGGAUGGCUUUGACCGUGUCGACGGACCUCUCAGUGAACACUAGCCCAACUCAGGUAGAGGAAAAACUACAAAACAAACAAAAAGCUCUCCGGGAAAGCAUCGAAAAGGGGGAGCCCAAAGUAUUCGGGGUGGCUCAGAUAGUAAUAGGAUUGCUGAUCAUCUCCUAUUCUAUUCCUCUGCUCUCCGCUAAGAGGACCAUGAUACUUAACUUUGGUGUGCCAUGGUGGAGUGGCUUUAUGUUUGUCAUUUCAGGCGCAGCUGCAAUAGCAUUGGAAAAGUAUGCCAACUUGAAAGCAGUCUCUGUUUGUUUGGCGGUCUCUGCUUUGACUAUUAUCAUCUCAGUUGUUGCACUUGUCCUAUACUUUGUUGACAUUACAUUAAAUCCAGAAACCAGUUGCCAAAUGGGACCGAAUGAUAUGUGUGACCACCAGUAUUAUGCCACUCAUUUUAGCACGGGUUUGAAGACAACCAUCUCCUUAGUCAGUAUGGUCCAGAUAGGAAUGUCCUCUGCUUUUACAGUUAUACUGUACAAUCAGAGGAGGAGCUUUACAGGCUAUAUGACCAUGACUGAAUGAAAUCCUGCUUAAUCCCAUGACAUUUCUGGAUUUAAAUCAGAGGUCCUAUCCACUAUCCACUUCAUAUAGCCUACAUGUGCUUUUCCUUGUUGUAUUUUCAGUAAAAUUGUAUGUGAAUUGUAUACUUUUAUAUAAAUAAUCAAAAUCAACAUAUAAAGAUUUGUAUUAUUAUUAUUAUUAAAGUUACAUUUAAAAAUGGUCUUUUGUGGUUUUAUUUUACAACUUGAAACAGCACCUUGUUCCCACCAUUCUUUGUUUUAGUUUACUACUUUUUCUUUUCUUGUUUGUUUAUUUAUUUUUAGUAAACAUGAAUAAACACAGUCAAAGUACAGUUAGGGCUAGAUAUCAUAAAACACACAAACAAAUUGUAUGUGUACAAAAUACAUAUUUUGGUGACGGACAGUAAUUGCUUUGUUAAUGUGUAAAU